CCGAGUCCCGCGGUGCAUGCUGGGAAACUAGAAACUCGACACACCGCCAUCUUUCUUUAUAGCGAGUUAGUAGGGCAACAUAACAACCACUUUCGCAUGAUUAUUUCUACAAAAUACAACCGUUGAAGCAAGUACACUUGGUCAGUUAUAGUCAACAACAAGUUUAAAGAGGAGCGGGUGGAGCGGGAUUUCAGAUAUUAGCCAUAUAUCAGCCAUAAGACAGCAGUUUGGUGUAAGCGGUUAACAUGGGCCGCUCCCGGAGCCGCAGCUCGUCCAGGUCCAAACACUCCAAAAGCAGCAAGCACAGCAAGAAACGGAGCCGGUCUCGGUCGCGGUCCAGAGACAGGGAAAGGUCUAAGAAGCGGUCCAAGUCCCGAGAAUCGAAGAGGAACCGACGCAGAGAGUCUCGUUCCCGCUCCCGGUCUACUACUGCCUCGUCCCGCAGAGACAGAGCUGCCUCGCCGCCAGAGCGCAUCGACAUCUUCGGCCGGACUCUGAGCAAAAGAAAUGCGCUGGACGAGAAGCAGAGGAAGGAGGAGGAAGAGAGGAAGCUCGAGAUGGAGAGACAAAGGAAGAUCCGCCAGCAGGAGAUCGAGGAGAAGCUGAUCGAGGAGGAGACGGCGCGGCGAGUGGAGGAGCUGGUGGCCAAGCGGGUAGAGGAGGAGCUGGAGAAACGGAAGGACGAGAUCGAGCGGGAGGUGCUGCGGCGCGUCGAGGAGGCGAAGCGCAUCAUGGAGCGGCAGCUGCUGGAGGAGCUGGAGAGGCAACGGCAGGCCGAGUUGGCGGCGCAGAAGGCCAGAGAGGAGGAAGAAAAAUCUAAGCGGGAGGAGCUGGAAAAAAUCCUGGAGGAGAAUAACCGCAAGAUCGCCGAAGCUCAGGCCAAACUGGCCGAGGAUCAGUUGCGUAUUGUGGAGGAGCAGAGAAAGAUUCACGAGGAGCGCAUGAAGCUGGAGCAGGACCGUCAAAAGCAGCAGAAGGAAGAGCAGAAAAUCAUCCUCGGCAAGGGCAAGUCCAGGCCCAAGCUCUCCUUCUCCCUCAAGGCCACCGAAUGAGAGACUUUUGCUCCCCCCCCCCCCCCCCCAACCCCCUUUUCGUCCACAUAUCACGCCCUGCCUUCAUCACCCCCCCUACCCCUUUCCAUCGACCCCCCAUUCCUCCUCCUCCUCCUCCUCCUCUGUGGAACGCUCGCUUCGUUUUGGAAGUGCCGAAGAAGGAAGGAAAAAAAAAAAAAAGCAGGGGGGGGGGCGCAACCCGGUGUGAAAACUUUGCUCGUCCAUGUGAAGGCCCCCGCCUGGUCUUGAAGAGGAGGACGCUCUUCAUCCCCCCCCCUCCCCUCCUCUUCGAAGGACCUGACUGCUCCCUCCACAUCCUUCCUCAUCCUCACCGCACAGAUGACUCUUAUUUGUGCUUUUUUUGUUUUUUUUUUUCUUUUUCUUCUCAGUUUUAUUUUCAUUUUUAGGGAACUUGAACUUUUGAUGUAGAAUGCUAUAACAUGUCCCUCGCCCCCCCCCCCCCCCCCCCCUUUAAAAGUCUUAACUCUGGUGUAACAGCGAGUCACUGUGCACCUCCUCUGCUCUUCAUCUUCUCAUGUCUACACAGCCAGCAACUACGAUAGAACGCCGUCAGUCCCUGAUAUAGAAGAAUAAGUGUGACUUUGUCUAGUUCAGCUUUCUGUAAAAAAAACAACAAAACAAAAAAACAUAACCUUAUGUGCAGUUUGGGAGUUGGCUUGUGGUUUUCCUGUUUUCACUUUUUUUUUUUUUUUUUUUUUUU